ACUAAGAAACCAGCAUCGCCAGUUUCUGAACCUGAUACAGUUGAAAAGGUGGAACAGGUGAUCCCUGAAGUCAAGACCUUCGAAGCUAAGAAACCAGCAUCGCCAGUUUCUGAACCUGAUACAGUCGAAAAGGUGGAAGAGGUGAUCUCUGAAGCCAAGAUUGUCGAAACUAAGCAACCAGCAUCGCCAGUUUCUGAGCCUGAUGCAGUCGAAAAGGUGGAAGAGGUGAUCUCUGAAGCCAAGACCUUCGAAACUAAGAAACCAGCAUCGCCAGUUUCUGAACCUGAUACAGUCGAAAAGGUGGAACAGGUGAUCCCUGAAGUCAAGACCUUCGAAGCUAAGAAACCAGUAUCGCCAGUUUCUGAACCUGAUACAGUCGAAAUGGUGGAAGAGGUGAUCUUUGAAGCCAAGAUUGUCGAAGCUAAGAAACCAGUAUCGCCAGUUGCUGAACCUGAUACAGUCGAAAAGGUGGAAGAGGUGAUCUCUGAAGCCAAGACCUUCGAAACUAAGAAACCAGCAUCGCCAGUUUCUGAACCUGAUACAGUCGAAAAGGUGGAACAGGUGAUCCCUGAAGUCAAGACCUUCGAAGCUAAGAAACCAGCAUCGCCAGUUUCUGAACCUGAUACAGACGAAAAGGUGGAAGAGGUGAUCUCUGAAGCCAAGACCGUCGUAGCUAAGAAACCAGCAUCGCCAGUUUCUGAACCUGAUACAGUCGAAAAGGUAGAAGAGGUGAUCUCUGAAGCCAAGACCUUCGAAGCUAAGAAACCAGCAUCGCCAGUUUCUGAACCUGAUACAGUCGAAAAGGUGGAAGAGAUGAUCUUCGAAGCCAAGACCUUCGAAGCUAAGAAAACAGCAUCGCCAGUUUCUGAACCUGAUACAGUCGAAAAGGUGGAAGAGGUGAUCUCUGAAACCAGAACUGACAAAGCUAAAACACCAGCUUCGCCAGUUUCUGAACCUGAUACAAUCGAAAAAGUGGAUGGAGGCAAGACCAUCGAAGCUGAGAAACCAGCAUCGCCAGUUUCUGAGCCUGAUACAGUCGAAAAUGUGGAAGAGGUGAUCUCUGAAACCAGAACUGUCGAAGCUGAGCAACCAGCAUCGUCAGUUGCUGAACCUGGUACAGUCGAAAAGGUGGAAGAGUUGAUCUCUGAAGGCAAGACCGACGAAGCUGAGAAACCAGCAUCGCCAGUUUCUGAACCUGAUACAGUCGAAAAGGUGGAAGAGGUGAUCUCUGAAGCCAAGACCGUCGUAGCUAAGAAACCAGCAUCGCCAGUUUCUGAACCUGAUACAGUCGAAAAGGAGCAAGAGGUGAUCUCUGAAGACAAGACCGUCGAAGCUGAGAUACCAGCAUCGCCAGUUUCUGAGCCUGAUACAGUCGAAAAGGUGGAAGAGGUGAUCUCUGAAGCCAAGACCGACGAAGCUGAGAAACCAGCAUCGCCAGUUUCUGAACCUGAUACAGUCGAAAAGGUGGAAGAGGUGAUCUCUGAAGCCAAGACCGUCGUAGCUAAGAAACCAGCAUCGCCAGUUACUGAGCCUGAUACAGUCGAAAAGGUGGAAGAGGUGAUCUCUGAAACCAGAAUUGUAGAGGCUGAGAAACCAGCAUCGCCAGUUGCUGAACCUGAUACAGUCGAAAAAGUGGAAGAGGUGAUAUCUGAAACCAGAACUGUCGAAGCUGAGAAACCAGCGUCGUCAGUUGCUGAACCUGAUACAGUCCAAAAGGUGGAAGAGUUGAUCUCUGAAGGCAAGACCGACGAAGCUGAGAAACCAGCAUCGCCAGUUUCUGAACCUGAUACAGUCGAAAAGGUGGAACAGGUGAUCUCUGAAGCCAAGACCUACGACGCUAAGAAACCAGCAUCGCCAGUUUCUGAACCUGAUACAGUCGAAAAGGUGGAAGAGGUUAUCCUUGAAGACAAGAUCGUCGAAGAUAAGAAACCAGCAUCGCCAGUUUCUGAACCUGAUACAGUCGAAAAGGUAGAAGAGGUGAUCCCUGAAGCCAAGACCUUCGAAGCUAAGAAACCAGCAUCGCCAGUUUCUGAACCUGAUACAGUCGAAAAGGUGGAAGAGAUGAUCUUCGAAACCAAGACCUUCGAAGCUAAGAAAACAGCAUCGCCAGUUUCUGAACCUGAUACAGUCGAAAAGGUGGAAGAGGUGAUCUCUGAAACCAGAACUGACAAAGCUAAAACACCAGCUUCGCCAGUUUCUGAACCUGAUACAGUCGAAAAAGUGGAAGAGGUGAUCUCUGAAGGCAAGACCGUCGAAGCUGAGAAACCAGCAUCGCCAGUUUCUGAGCCUGAUACAGUCGAAAAUGUGGAAGAGGUGAUCUCUGAAACCAGAACUGUCGAAGCUGAGAAACCAGCGUCGUCAGUUGCUGAACCUUAUACAGUCGAAAAGGUGGAAGAGUUGAUCUCUGAAGGCAAGACCGACGAAGCUGAGAAACCAGCAUCGCCAGUUUCUGAACCUGAUACAGUCGAAAAGGUGGAAGAGGUGAUCUCUGAAGCCAAGACCGUCGUAGCUAAGAAACCAGCAUCGCCAGUUACUGAGCCUGAUACAGUCGAAAAGGUGGAAGAGGUGAUCUCUGAAACCAGAACUGUAGAGGCUGAGAAACCAGCAUCGCCAGUUGCUGAACCUGAUACAGUCGAAAAAGUGGAAGAGGUGAUCUCUGAAACCAGAACUGUCGAAGCUGAGAAACCAGCGUCGUCAGUUGCUGAACCUGAUACAGUCGAAAAGGUGGAAGAGUUGAUCUCUGAAGGCAAGACCGACGAAGCUGAGAAACCAGCAUCGCCAGUUUCUGAACCUGAUACAGUCGAAAAUGUGGAAGAGGUGAUCUCUGAAGCCAAGACCGUCGUGACUAAGAAACCAGCAUCGCCAGUUACUGAGCCUGAUACAGUCGAAAAGGUGGAAGAGGUGAUCUCUGAAACCAGAACUGUAGAGGCUGAGAAACCAGCAUCGCCAGUUUCUGAACCUGAUACAGUCGAAAAGGUGGAAGAGGUGAUCUCUGAAGCCAAGACCUACGACGCUAAGAAACCAGCAUCGCCAGUUUCUGAACCUGAUACAGUCGAAAAGGUGGAAGAGGUUAUCCUUGAAGACAAGAUCGUCGAAGAUAAGAAACCAGCAUCGCCAGUUUCUGAACCUGAUACAGUCGAAAAGGUAGAAGAGGUGAUCCCUGAAGCCAAGACCUUCGAAGCUAAGAAACCAGCAUCACCAGUUCCUGAACCUGAUACAGUCGAAAAGGUGGAAGAGUUGAUCUCUGAAGGCAAGACCGACGAAGCUGAGAAACCAGCAUCGCCAGUUUCUGAGCCUGAUACAGUCGAAAAGGUGGAAGAGGUGAUCUCUGAAACCAGAACUGACAAAGCUAAAACACCAGCUUCGCCAGUUUCUGAACCUGAUACAGUCGAAAAAGUGGAAGAGGUGAUCUAUGAAGGCAAGACCGUCGAAGCUGAGAAACCAGCAUCGUCAGUUUCUGAGCCUGAUAUAGUCGAAAAUGUGGAAGAGGUGAUCUCUGAAACCAGAACUGUCGAAGCUGAGAAACCAGCGUCGUCAGUUGCUGAACCUGGUACAGUAGAAAAGGUGGAAGAGGUGAUCUCUGAAGCCAAGACCGUCGUAGCUAAGAAACCAACAUCGCCAGUUACUGAGCCUGAUACAGUCGAAAAGGUGGAAGAGGUGAUCUCUGAAACCAGAACUGUAGAGGCUGAGAAACCAGCAUCGCCAGUUGCUGAACCUGAUACAGUCGAAAAGUUGGAAGAGAUGAUCUCUGAAGACAAGACCGUUGAGGCUAUGAAACCAACAUUGCCAGUUGCUGAACCUGAAAAGGUAGAAGAGGAAGAAACCGAGCCUGUCGGAAAGGUAGAAAUCGUCUCUGAAACCAGAACUGUUGAAGUUGAGAAACCAGCAUCGCCAGUCUCUGAACCUGAUACAGUCGGAAAGGUGGAAGAAGUGAUCUCUGAAGCCAAGACCGUCGAAGCUAAGAAACCAGCAUCGCCAGUUUCUGAACCUAAAAAGGUAGAAGAGGAUGAAACCGAACCUCUCGAAAAGGUAGAAGUCAUCUCUGAAACCAAAACUGCCGAUGCUGAGAAAUCAGCAUCGCCAAUUGCUGAACCUGAUACAGUCGAAAAGAUGGAAGAGGUGAUAUCGGAAGCCAAGAUUGUUGGAGCUGAGAAACCAGCAUCGCCAGUUGCUGAACCUGAUGUAGUCGAAAAGGUGGAAGAGGUGAUUACUAAAGCCAAGACCAUCGAAGCUAAGAAACCAGCAUCGCCAGUUGCUGAACCUAAAAAGGUAGAAGAGGAUGAAACAGAGCCUGUCGAGAAGGUAGAAGCCAUCUCUGAAACCAAGAUUGUCGAAGCUGAGAAACAAGAAUCGCCAGUUGCUGGACCUGAUACAGUCGGAAAGGUGGAAGAGGUGAUCUCUGAAGCCAAGACCGUCGAAACUAAGAAACCAGUAUCGCCAGUUGCAGAGCUUAAAAAGGUUGAAGAGGAUGAAACCGAGCCUGUCGAAAAGGUAGAAGUCAUCUCUGAAACCAAGAUUGUCGAAGCUGAGAAACCAGCAUCGCCAGUUGCUGAACCUGAUACAAUCGAUAAGGUAAAAGAGGUUGAAUCUGAGCAUGUCGAAAAGGUAGAAGUCAUCUCCGAAGCCAAGACUGUCGAAGCUAAGAAACCAACAUCGCCAGUUUCUGAACCUGAUACAGUCGAAAAGGUGGAAGAGGUGAUCUCUGAAGCAACGACUGUCGAAGCUAAGAAACCAGCAUCGCCAGUUACUAGACCUGAUACAAUAGAACAUGUAGAAGAGGUUGAUUCUGAGCUUUCCAAAAUGGUAGAAGAGGUCGUGUCUGAAGCCAAGACUGUUGAAGCUAAGAAACCAGCCCUACCAGUUUCUGAACCUGAUACAAUCGAAAAAGUAAAAGAAGUUGAGUCUGAGCUUGUCAAAAAGGUAGAAGUGGUCGUUUCUGAAGCUAAGACUGCCAAAGCUGAGAAAUCAGCAUCAGCAGUUGCUGAAUUUCAUUCGGUCGAAAAUCAAGAAGAGGUUGACUAUGAGCUUGUUGAAAAGGUAGAUAUCACUUAUGUAACCAAACCUAAAGAAAAACUUACAGUCGAAAAGCCAAUCACUGCUGAUGAAGCCAAAACGAGCGAACCUGAGAAACCAACAUUGCCAGUUGCUGAAUUUGAGUCAGUAGAUAAGAUAGAUCUGGCCGUAUCUGAAACUAAGUUUGAAAAAGAAUCCUCUUUGGAAAAAUUUGCUGAAAAAUCCCUUAUCAGUAUGGUUACGGAGAGUGUUUCUGAAACCGAUCAUAGUUUUACAGAUGCUAAUCAUGAUCACGUCCAUACUAAGAUUAUUGAAAAUAUUGAUGACUCUUCAUCUCGAUUAGAAAAAGCAAACAAUCUGGAAAAAAAUAUUGAAAAUAUUGCCAUUACAACGACUAACGAAUCGGAAAUAGCCGAACAAAAUAUAAUACAUGAGACUGAAUCAAGAAUUGUAGAAAAAUCCAUAGUCGAAAUGAAUGAGAGUACAAGUGGAAUGACCGGAACACAUUACUCCACUGCACAAACUGGAAUGAGUACUAAUGAACAAAAUAUCGAAAGACAAGAAUUAUCAGUUGAUGAAUCAAAACCCAUUGACGAAAAUACCUUGAAGAUUUUGAGACUGACGGAUUCACAAUUUGACGAAACGACUUUUAUAACUGAAACAACAACUCUCAGGAAAAUUCUUGAAGCCACUGAAAAAGUUAAGACUUCCCUCGAGUUAAGACUUAAUUCUAAACAAGCGGAUAUAUCAAAUGUUGCGCAAGAGUCUGAACACGCUUUUUCCUUCGAUGAAAGGCGUGAUUCAGAUGCGGAGCGAUUAGUCAGGUCAGAGCUUUCCGCACCAUCUGAGCGUUCAGAUAUUCUGGAAGAUCUAAGGCGAGAAGAAUCACGAUUAGCGGAUACGAGAAAGAGUUCACUUUCUGCCGUCGAAGGUUCCAAUUAUGACGAUGAUUCACCUUUACUCACGGAUUUCACGACGUCUUCCAUAACUUAUGUGAGCGAGCGUGUUGAUUCGUCUUCGCUUGAUUUAAUGGCGGGUGACAGCUUUGGAGAUUUCCUGAAAGUCGUACCGGCGGUCGAGAAAAAAACUGAAGCCAUAUCUCCAAGCUCUUGCAUUUCAUAUGCAACUACCAUAAGUGAGACGAUUGAAUCCUUCACUCACGAUGCCGACAAGUUGGUUUAUACUGGAGGAUCAAUCCAACAGGACAUACCAACUGAGUACGAGCGUUCGGUGUCAUUGAGCGACAAUGCUGCCUCGGAUUUUUCGACCGAGUCUGCUACAAAAUAUAAUCUGCCUUACGAUACCGAAUCUGACAGCCAUGACGUUGCACCCGGCAUACCAAAACCUCGAGAUGAGCUACAGGAGAUCAGAGUGGUGAAGCCAAGUAAGCUGAUGUCGAUCGAUCCACGGCAUGAGUCAGGUUCUCCGCAAAGUGACGUUACAGAAUAUACGGAAAGUGUAUCCUAUGUGGAGUCAAUUAUUGACAGUACAAACUAUGAUUGCGCCUUAAAGCAGAGAGAAAAACUGCAACAUGAUCAGCAACAAAAGCAAGAAGAAAAAAAGGAUGUUCAGGAGAAAUUGAUACUAGAAGAAGGACAAACUGCUAAAGAGGAAAAAGGGAAGUUAAUUUUGAAAACACAUACAGCUGAAAAGAAAGAAACAACUCAGGUAAAAAAGAAGUCCAAACCUAAAGCUACGAUAACAAAGAUAAGUCUACAGAAGCAAACGCCUAUUGAAAUUUCAAAACAAUCAAUUAAAACCGUUGACAUUAAAUCUGGUUCGAAAAGUGUGGAGUACACUACAAGUACUAGUCGUACCACCACCGUGUCACGCACGUUCACUAGCACCAGAACACAUGGAUACAUGCAAUCUACGCUUUCACGGGACCAAAAGGUGUUGAAACCGUUGAAUCUUACCGAGUCUACGCAUUCAUCUCCGGUAAAGUCUUCCCAUCGCUCGACAACUUCAACAACGGUGGUACAACCAUCUUUGGAAAAGCGAGCUCGAUCUUCCAGGGAUACUUCCGGCAGCCGAACCGACAUGGCAGCUACUAAGUCCCUUCUCAAAUCUGAACCAAUAAGUACCAGUGCUGUGAAAAAACAAGAUCCUAAGCCAGGAGUGCAAAGCACUAAGGCUACGAAAGUCUCAGUAGAACGAACUGGGAGAUCGUCUUCCUCGUCAAUUACGAGCAGUACCAGCCGAGUAUAUCGCACCAGAAAAACUACAAUCGAAAGUAUUGACAAACAAGAACCGAUUAGAAAGGCCGAUAAAGAACAAGCCAAUCUGGUAACGAAGACAACCGUGAGUGCAUCUAAGAGCUCAAAAGAACGCACCAACAAAAGUUUGAUACCGGUAAAGGUUUCCACAGCAAAAGGUUCUCCAAAGAAGGAAACUCCAUCCAGAACCAGCGCUGGCAAAUCACCUGUGAAGAAACCAACCAAAACCACCAUUGAGGUGCAGCCUAAGGAAACUGUGAUAGUGAAGACAUCUAAGGCCGCUACCAUUGAUAUAGAGCAAAUGGCAAGUGCUGCUAAGAUUGGAUUCGUAAAAACUGCACCACGGGUAACGAAAACCGUACACUCGUCCGGUGAUUCGAAACGGGACGACACUUACCGUUGCAAGUCUGCUAUGCACUACUCGUACAAAGAUGCCGUCACGUUCGAUCACGCUGAAAUUCCGUCUUCAUUGCCGUCUAGUCCGAGCCGUCUUAAUAAAAGUUCCUCCAAUAGUACAAAUGUGCUGACCAGCGAAGUCUUCACACGUACCAUCGACUCGUCGAAGUCGAUUGAAGUAAUAUACCGUCAACCGUCGACCUCAAACGAACUAAUACGGAAAAUUAACGAAUACCGCUACAAUGACAUUGACCUUACGACUGACUCUAGCUUAUCGGACUCUAUAGCACUGCCAUCGUCAUCUUCGGAGCAUGAAAGCGAUGUGCUUGGUAAACGCAAACGCUCGGGUAGCCCAGCCUCACCCAAACCGUACGCUACGACUUCAUCAACGUCGUUGUCUACAAUGGCAACUAGCCGUAAACAGGCCACUACUGCGGUCGCCAGCUCGACUAGUCAACAGAACAUAAACGAGCAGAGAUACCGCAAGUCGGACAUAUGGAUGCGAACCGGUCCCCAGCCAUCGGAGGUCAUCCCGGUGCCACUCGACAGUGGUGAUGACGAAAUCUAUCAGGCUUUGCAUACCGUUGACCGCCGAACGGUUGCCUCCCUCGACGGUAUUGUGAUGGAAAGUCGCAUCUCGCCGAUACUCGAUUUCCGGGCAUCCACACCGCCACGACUGAAGUAUAAGUUUGAUUACGAUAGUUCCCUGUUUACAGAUGACAAACAAGAAGAAGAAACACAAGCAUCCGCAAACUUCGAAGGCGAAGAGUAUCUUAUUUUAGUACAAUCGGAAGCUAGUAAUUUAGUCGAUAGCAUAUUGGAGCAGAGUGUAUCGAUCGUCAAUAACUCCCAAAUGCAGCCGGACGUUGCGAUCGACACGCAGGCUCAGUCGGAGAGCGAACAGUACGCAAUCCGCAGCGAUAUCCUAUCGUCUAACGAAGCCGAUCUUGUCGUUAAGUCGCCAACCAUAGAAUCUAUGUCAGGCAAGUCUUUCGAUGAUAACAUUAGUAACCCCGACUGUGACAGUAGCGAUGCCAACCAGCACCAGCUAGUGAAUAUGGCUGGUGUUCUGCCCCCAUCCUCUUCUGGUGAGGCCACAGACGGCACCACUAGGCCAACAGGAUUCGCUGCUAAAGAACCUGUUGGUGGUGAUGGUGUCGUCAUCGAUGAUCAAGAGCGCCGAGCGAGCAAAAUAGAACGACGCUUCGAGCGAUUGUCGUCCGAGAUCGAACCGGAAGCGUUGCUGGAUAAAAAUCGCGAAUAUGAUGAAGCCAUUGCUCAGAUCAAAGAUGAAGUUUCAAUGCUGCAGAGUGAAUUUUCAAAAAUGAGCUGGGACGAAAGUAUGUCCGCUACAACCGGUGAUUUCGGUUCCAGUACUCCCGAUAACGAUCUACAAGAAACAGAUACGCAACCACAAACAGAAAUUAGCAUUCCAAAGCCAACGCCACGAUCGCAAUCUAACCUCGCUGCUGAAGCUGAUGCCUCUGCUGUAACCACUAGUGUCACUACUACCACCACCACUACAGCUGCUACUAGCUCUGCUGCUGCUGUUGCAUCCUCACUAACAAAAUCCGCUCUUGCUAGCAAGCCCACGGAAGAAGCUUCCAUCGUGGACACCGCCACUGAUCACGACAGACCCGCUGGUCUAUCAGGAGAUGCUAGCGAGUUGUCGAGUAGCCAGGAACCACUCCCCGUUCCACGACCUCGCACCAGCAUCUCGUCACGUACGGAUACUCAGACGCGUUCGAGUAUCAUCGAGUCCUUCGAUCAUCCGGAAGACUCCAUCGAGCAGUAUCCCGAACCGUUGAGUCAGCGGCAGGAAUCAGUGGCCUCUGAAGAUUUUUCCGGCGCAGCCCAAAAGGAUUCGGGAGAGUUCGAAACCAGCGAAGAUGAGCUUCCCGAGACUAAAUUCUACAUCGGUGAACGAAGUUCUGACAUAAUCACACGGACCUCAUCCGAAAAACGCUCAGACUAUGCUUUCGAUAACAUUGGUUACGAAUACUCCCAGGACUCCGGCGCAGAUGACGAACCACAGUUAGACCAGUUCAAAGCCUAUCGCGAAAAAGUUGCUCAAGAAGAUUCAUUCACUCUCAAGCAGCUCCAGGAGGUUGAGAGUGGCACUGAUUUGGAUCAAGAAAUCAAAGCCGAGGUAAUAGAAGUUAUCGAAGGAAUAGCUGAACCAAAAGUUUUCGAGCUGGAUCUUGAAAAAUCGUUUGAUGCUCCUCGACAACCCGUAGUCCAUUCACCAAUCAAACCACAAGUCGCUAAGCUUGUUGCAAGUGCCAAGCCUUUUGCAGUAGAAUCAACCGAUACAAAGAAUCUCCCUCAACCAGAACUUACCGCCUCAUCUGAGAUAAUCAAGCGCACAUUCGAUGAACUAACCAUCGAAAAAACCCUUGAAGAAGUCAAAGAAUCUCUGGAUGCUGUACACGAAGAACUAAUUGAAUCUGUAGUCGACGGAAAACUUAUUAAACAAUCCCCAUCCGAGUUCGAAUUCAAAGUGUUACCUUCCAGCAAGUACUCGCAAGAUCCAAUCUACGAGACACAACAGGAGGAAAUGGUUGCCCCUACUACCUCCGCUACAGUAGUCUUUGCGGAAACAGUAACCACAACAACCAUCGUCUCCGAACCGAUCAUGUUAACCGAAACCAAGGCCGAAUCCUUUGAACAGAAAACAUCCGAUCCGGAAUCCAAAGAAAUAUCAUUCGAAUCGGCUAGGCCGGAUGCCCCAACGCCGAUCUCGUCGGACAGUUCCUUCGCCAAGCUGGAUAUCUCACCGCGAAUGCGCAAACCGCCGCACCACCCCAAAGGAACCCGCUGGUCCGCAACUGACAUCGACAGCUCGGGCGAGAGCCACUACCAAAGUUUCGAGCAAACCACGGACAGCAGCCGCCCGCAGUCGUCCGACGUCGACAACCUGAUCCAGCAGUACGCAUCAUCCGAAUACGAAACCGCUCUGGAUGCGUCGAUCAUUCCCGCGUCAACCGAGUUCCACAGUGCCGCCAGCACUCUCAAUUCGUUCAACGUCAGCUCGCACGACAGUAUGAAAAGUUUCGACUCCGAAAGCUCCGGAAACUUAGCGAGUAUCGAGUCCGAGGCUACGGAAACGCUAGUCCCGUCCACCAUGGACAUUGAUUUCGACUCGUCGGACGCAGCUGCACUAAUCCACGACGAUUCGGAAGACGACCUUCGCGAAAAACUUCUUUUGGACGACAAGGACGAGCUCUCUGCCGUGUCUGUCGCCAUUCCGGUGGCAAUGAAACGAUCACAGGAAAUGCACUUCACGGCCGACUUGAAGGACGAAGUAAUGCAAGACACACAAGAAGUGUUCCAACUGCAAGAAGACGUUGAAAGAAUAGCGCAAGAGCAAUCGGAGAAACUCAGCUCAAGCAUAGGGCACGCAUUGGAUCUGAUGGAAUCCAUGAAGGCAUCCAGUUUGGAAGAUGUCAAAACAGAAUGCAUCGACGACAUUAAGCUCGGAACGAGCCUGGAAGAUGGAAGCAUCCUGUCGAUCAGCCUUUCGAGUGCUUCAAACUUGGAAACGAUCAUGGAAAACCUUCCAGAGAAAGGUGCCGAAAGCCUACCCACACAUAUGGAAAUCGGGUUGGAUGCAAUCACGCCGAUUGUCGGCACGGAAAUGAUCGGUGACAUUACACUGACUUCCACGGUCGUCCAGGAGGGUGACGUAAACUUCCUGAACACACAAGCUACAACGGAAACAGUGGUGGCAGAGGAAACCUCAAAGAAACGCGGUCAUAAGCGCACAGAAAGCACUAUCUCCGGCCAGCUGAUGUCGGAGAUUGCAGCAGAAGCACGGGAAUCACUGGAUUCUCAAGAAGAAUCCGUUUCACUGGAAGCGUCCAAGCAGUCCAGCUUGGAACGUGACGAUACUAGGGAGGAAUCUUCCGAUUCGGAUUACGAUCGGUACGAAUCGGAAUACUCUCGCUCAUUCCGUGCUCCACUAAUUCAGUCGCAGAAGAAAAAGAAAGACAAACUAAACGAUGGCUUUGAGAUGGAAGUGGACCACGAUAGACGUAAUUCAUUCUCACCUUCUAGUUCGGUUAUCGAAACCAUUGUAGAGGAUGUUCAUGCAGAGAUCGAACAAGAAGACGAGGUUCAGCAGCUUAUGGAAUUCAAGGAGGAGAAACUACGGGAAUAUAAGCAAACUUCUGCUACGAGUAUUCCGGAUAUACAAGUGACGGACGAUGUUCAAAUGGAUGAGUUGGAAGAAGAAGAGGCAGGAGCAUCGUACUCAACAAAAACAAUGCAGCGGGAGACUAGCGACCCUAAGAUUCAGUACGCUAAACAAGAAGAGUUCAAGAUAAGUGAGGAACAGUAUCAAGAGAUGAUUGAGCAAAAGUACAAGUCGAAGAUGGCUGACAUUACUACCAAGUUUGAUUUUGAGGGUGAAGCUGGGGAUGAUUCAGCUGGAUCGGAUUCAUUUGAAAUGUUAGAGCAGCCGGAUAUUUCGGACGAGUUUGUAAUAGUUGAGGAAGUGGCUCGUGAAGCACACGAGUGCGACAUGGAGGGAAAGAGCGUAUCGAUUAAACAAAUAAAGAUGGAGAAGAAACACGACGAAGAUGUGGAAAAGAUACUAGUGAAGUCUGCUCCAGCGCACACAAAUGCUGGUUCGAUGUACGCGAAUAUGCGAGAGGAUAUGAUGUACACGUUUGAGGAUAGUCCUCCGACGGGCAGCGAUGAAGUUGACCCCAACGGAGUGACUGGAGAUUUGUUGAACAAUGGAUUUCCACUGGAGGAGAGCAAGCGUUGGGUUGAAAUGCAAUUAGCGGAAACACAAAAUUACCGCUAUCCAUACGAUGAACGGUUGGAGGACAUUAAAGAGGAAGAUACGGACUUCGAGGUUGGUAGCAGCCGAAUAGGAAGCAUCAAAGAUUCGUUCUCGAGCACACCGGACUACGACAUGCUGGCGAAGAGAUUAGCUUCGCGUGGAGGAGAACACGACGAUAUUUCAAUGAGCAGUUUGCAAGAAUUUGAGAAUUUGGAACACGUAAUAUCUUUGGAGAAUCGAAAGAUGCAACAAGGUUCUCAAGAUUCUUUAAGUAAUGGAAGCUUCACAAAGCGUUUCCUGGCACGAGGCGGUCAUGGAGACGACAUCAGUCUAUCCAGCUUGAAGGAAUUCGAAGGACUGGAGACUGCUUGUUUGGAAGCGCACCUCAUAGAAAUAAAGGCUAAAGAAGAAGCCGCCUUAUUGCUGUCACGAUCGGAUGAAUCUAACAAGUCGGACAGAUCGAAUGGUGCCAAAAGAAGCCCACCAACAAAUGGAACAGUAGUCAGGGCGACUACAAGCAGCACUACGGUAACUACUGGACCAGAGACUGUUGCGAAGGUUGAAGUUAAAACCGUAACUACAGAAAUGAGUAAAGAUUCACUGUCAACUACGACUACUGCAACUACGGUCACAACUAUUUCACAUGAAAGCCAAAUCAGACAUGCUCUGGAAGAGGAAGAUACAUCACACCUGUUAACGGUUUCCAGUGACAGCCUGGAUGGUACGCGUCUACAGAGGCAGACCAUCAGCAGGGAAACUCUACCUUCGGCACAUUCUAGCAGUGACAGUUUGGAGCUUAACAACAAGAACAACAUUGACGUUAUGACCAGCAGUAUUGAUUCGAUUGAAUUUUCACGUGCCGGAGCGAUGACUACCCGUUCGUCAAGAUCGGAUUCGAUCGAGCAGAUGGCAUUGCAACAACCUCAACGAAGUGACAGCACAGACUCGAUCGAGAUGCACCACGCAGUGAUGUCCAGAGCUAGUGAGACUAAGCGCGAUUCAUUGGAUUCUCUACCGUACAGCAUUGAGAACAAGAGCGCCUCCGGCAGUCCCACCAAACCGGCAACUGGGCAACGCAUUACAACGGAAAGUGUAAUAAUCGCCGGAACAAGCACGGUCAGCUACCAACAGGGAGGUAUGACCAAGGACAUCUCCGUGGAUUCGCUAACCGGGCAGGAUGCAUUUUUGACCAGUACGGAAAGUCUGGAGACCAGCUCGACGGCAACGAACGCAACCUACCAGAACGAAACCGAUUCGCAGAUGUCGUCGAGCGUGACGAGCUGCGGUUCGAUAACGAUGGUCGAAGGUGACAUCGAAGGCUUCGGGCUGCAGGAAAGUGUAACCUUCAAAAGCAGCAGUAGCAGCAGCAGCACCAUAGUUAUGGCAAGCUCAAGCAGUAUUCAACAGCAACAGCAGCAACAACAAACGAUUCGAAGCAGCACAUCAUCGACCAGUGCGGGCACAUCUACCAGCGUCAGGAGAGAAUUUCCGCUAUCGGAAAUCGAACUGUUAAGUAGACAAAUGUAUCCAGGGGACUUGGCAUUCGAUGACGCUAAGGAGUCCGCCAAGGAGAAACUACAAAGCAAAACGACUGAAAAGGAGGACUAAACGACAACACUUCGAUCGAACUGCGUACGUGGAGAUCAGCUGAUAUGAUUUCCAUCCGCUUUAUAUACAUACACAUACACAUACACACAGCAGUAAACAGCAACCAAAGGCAUCCUUUUUCCCAUAUAUUUAAUAAUACUUUUACUAACGAAACAAGCAAAAUUGCAGCAAAUCAUACUGAAUCUAAUAACAAACUUAUUGUAAUUGAGAAAAGAAUUAAAAAUCUGCGGAAUAAUCGAGGAAAAAACAUUGUAAAGCUUAGCUCAAUUUUUGUUGAUUCCCAAACUGCUAACAGAAAUUAACUAAAGAAACAAUUCGCAGACAACAUCCAGACUGCAAGUAAUCGUUCUAGCUAAGAGUCUAGAAAGCAGCAGGAAACCUACAGACGAACAAACGAUUGUAAUGAGUAAUCAGCAAAUUCAACCAGAGACACACUAGUAGAGGAACGAAGCGAACAGAACUAAAACGUGUAUGCUAAUCGUCGGACGACUGGGUAAUGCAAAAACCGCGAUUCCGAAUCCAAACGGCAGAACUAAAAUGUUUUCACGAUAAAACUUAUUACAAAUAUUUAUCGAACUUAUGCAAAUAUUGCUUUUUGUGACACAGUCAAGGAAAGAUUAGGAAAGGAAAGAAAAUAUCAUUGGAGUUAUUUUAUACUUUGCAUCACUGUUUGAUUUCAAGGUAAUUGAAAAAAUAAAUUUCAUGUCUUGUGAUUAAAAUUACUAUCUUAAUCAAUUGAGCGACUAAAAUUCCAAACAAGAAAGAAUAAUAAGAAAAGAAACAACUUUUUAAGGUUUUUUUAUUUUUGGAUGUUGAUAGACAACAACUAAUCCAAGCUGAUAUUUAGUAAAGUAAAGCAGAUAAAACAUAAAAUAUGAUAAACAAUGCGAAACGCAGUGAAAAAUAAAAAAACACGCAAAUGUGAAAGAACAACACCUCUAGUAAACCAAGUAUUUUACAUGAUAUUUAAGAUACACAAAAAAAAACAAAAAUAACAAAAAAAGCAAAGUAAUAAUUAUAUUGACUCGAUGUAAAAUUUGCGAAACUAUCAAAUAAACGCUUAAUAAAAAAUUUAAA